AAAACAUUUAAGCAUACAAAAUGACUCUCUCAUAUAACUUUGCCCCAUUUCUAAUAGUUGUUCUACUAUCAAUCUCCUCUGCGUCAACAAGUGUAAGAGCAGAUCUAGUAGACGAUGUUUGCUCGAAAACACAAAAGCCCGCUAUAUGUUUAUCCGCUUUAAGGGCGGAUCCUCGAUCCAAAGGUGCAAAUCUUGAAGGCCUUGCGACUAUCUCAAUAGACACAUCACUAAAGAACGCACAAUCUGCACGUAAUCUUGUUAAUACGUUGCUUAAACAAGCCACUGAUCCAAAAUUAAAGACACGAUAUGCUUCGUGUUUGGAGAAUUACAACGACGCUGUUGAUGAAAUUGGAGGAUUGCCAGCUUUUUUGAAGUCUAAAGACUAUGGCGGUUUGAAUAUUCAUGCUUCCGCUGCUUCCGAUGGUCCUUCUACGUGUGAUGAUAAUUUUUCAGGACCACCCGCUGAAGCGCCCCAACUCAAAGAUGCUAGUGACAAGCUUCAAGGACUUAUUAGUAUUAUUUUAGUUGUUAGCAAUCUAUUGAAAGGGUAGAUACAUAGAAAUUUAUAGAUUUAUGCAAGGUAUCGGUAAUCUACUUGAAAUUUUUUAAAUGAAAGUUAUUAAAUCAUAAAUUAUAUUUUCCAGCA